AUGAAUAUCUUUAUUUGGAAUGUUAGAGGUGCUGGAAAUCAGCACUUUAUCAGAUCUACCAAAACUUAUAUUAGACAGUAUAAUGCAAAUAUCCUAGUUCUGAUGGAAACUAAAAUUGGUGGUAUUCAAGCUGAUAAGUAUCUUGCUAAAAUUGGAUGUAGUAAAGCUAUUAAAUUUGACCCUAUUGGCUUCUCUGGAGGCAUUUGGAUUCUUUGGAAAGAGGAGGAUGUUUCUAUUGAACUAAUACCUCUCUUUAAUCAGACGAUUAAUGUAGUUAUCAGUCAUAGAUGGAAAGGGCAAUGGUUGUUCAUUGCUUUUUAUGCUAGCCCUAUUACUACAAUUAGGCACAAGCUUUGGACUACUCUCAAGGAAAUUCACCAAAUAAAUAAACUCCCUUGGCUUAUUGCUGAAUGUAGUUUAAUUGAUCUUGGUGCAACAGUUCCCAAGUUUACUUGGAGCAAUGGUAAACCUGGAAAUCAAUUAACCAGAGAACGACUUGAUAAAGCUUUUUGUAGUGCUGAUUGGAGGAAAAUGUUUCCUGAUGCUAUUGUGCAAAACCUUGCUCAUUUGAGAACUGAUUACCAUCCUAUCUUAGUUGCUGUUGAUCAACAUUGUAAAGUUGACCCCCCAUUGAAGACCUUUAGAUUUGAAAUGGCCUGGAUGCAACAUGCUCACUUCAAUAAUUUUGUUAAUUCUAUUGUUCCUGCUCACUUCUUGAAAAUUGAUAUAUAG